AUGGAGAACGACCGCGGAGACCUCAUCGAUCUGUACGUGCCCCGCAAGUGCGCCGCCACUGGCCGCAUCAUCGAGUCCAAGGACCACGCCUCGGUUCAGAUCGCCGUUGCCGACGUCGACGAGAGCGGAAAGAUGAUCCCGGGCUCGACCACCGCCUUCCCCCUCAGCGGCUACGUCAGGGCCCAGGGCGAGAGCGAUGACAGCCUUAACAGGCUUGCCACCAAGGAGGGACUCCUCCGUGGUGUCUGGUCGUACCAGAAGUAA